AAAAUGAAUAUCUUGUCAAUUGCCAAUAUAGUAUGAAAAAUGUACUAAGAACUAAUUAAACGUGAAACUCAAUAUAUGAAAUUAAUAUUAUAGUACUUACACCUCUUUUAUUUAAUAUGAUCAAUUUGUCAAUUUGAUAGAAUCUUGUUUUCCUCUACCAAAUAUUACCAUAGUUUAAGAUCUUCCAAUAUUUUCUACAUUGACCCAAUUAUCCUGUGUAAUUUAUCGAUGAUCAAAACCAAGGAAUUGAGUUUGUAGUAUAUCUGUACUUGAGAUUAAUUUCUUAUUUUUUAAAUUUUAAUUUGAAAGUUAAAUAUAAAAAUGACUCCGAAGGCAUAUUUAACUAGAAGAACACAUUUUUCAGCAUGCCACAGAUUACACAGUUUGCAUCUCUCGGACGAAGAAAACAAAGAAAUUUAUGGGAAAUGUAAUAAUAUUCAUGGACAUGGUCAUAACUACAUAGUUAAAGUGACUGUGUUUGGUGAAAUUGAUGAGGCUACAGGUAUGGUAAUGAAUAUGGCAGAUCUAAAACGAGACAUGGAGGAAGCUAUUAUGAAACCUAUGGAUCACAAAAAUCUCGAUUAUGAUGUCGAAUAUUUCUCAGAUAAACCCAGCACGACUGAAAAUCUGAGUGUAUUUAUAUGGAAACAAAUGAGAAAUGUGAUGAACAAACCAGAACUGUUACAUCAAGUAGAAAUACAUGAAACUGAGAAUAAUAUCGUGAUUUAUAGAGGAGAAUGAUGCUAAUGAUAAUAAAAUACAUUGAAACAAGGUGCAUGUCUUCUAAAAUAAUAUCGUUAUAAGCUUAUCUACAUUCCAAAUGAAAUAUUUUACAUAAAAAUAUAUUUAUUUAUUGAAAUUAUAUUUAUUUGUAAUUAAAUAUUACUUACUAUUGUA